AUGUCUGCCGCAAAAACCAAAGCCGAGAACAUCAUCAGUGAGAAUGCCGUGGUUGUCUUCUCCAAGUCCUACUGCCCUUACUGCAACGAGACUAAGGCUCUGCUCAAUUCCAAGGGAGCCAAGUUCUUCGUCAUGGAACUCGACAAAGUUGAUGACGGCCCUGCCAUCCAGGAUGCUCUACAGGAAAUCACCAACCAGCGCACCGUUCCCAACAUCUUCAUCAACCAUCAGCACAUCGGCGGCAACUCCGACCUCGCUGCUAAGGCCGGCCAAUUGAGUGCUUUAUUGAAGGAAGCCGGUGCUCUCUAG